GGUUUUAUCGGAUUGUUAAGCACUUUGAUUAUCUUAUUUGCACAUUACAAGCUAUAAUAAUCUGCUUUAAUAGGUCUUUUAAAUACCAAUUUGAUUAUAUUGUAUUAUAAUCACAAGUGCGUGUUGUGAUUUACCGGCGGUACUACACGAUAAUCAUUAAGAGCUGAUUUUAUCAAGGGUACUCAAGUAUUUUAAAAUCCUGGUUGUGACAUAACUAGAUAUAUUGUUAUAAAGUUACUUUCUCUCGGCAUGUCUGUGCUCUAGUUUUUCAUUUAAUUAAAAUAUACACAUUUAUUUUUUUAUGAAUAAUGACGAAGGAAGACGAAACAUUUAUUAAACACUCUGCAAUGAUAGACAGUUUUUCAAUUACCGACGACAUGGUUAACCAAAACACACCGGACUUACAUAUAGAACGCCCUGUGUAUCAAAUCGAAGAUCUGAAUAAAGAUAGUCUUUACCAAAAACCUGCAACUUCAAUAAAGGCACAGUGCAGAAAGUAUUGUAAAUCGAUUAAUAUUGGUCAGUUUUUACUUAGUACCGUACCUCUAUUAAGAUGGUUGCCAGAAUAUAAUUGGAAAAAAAGUUUUUCAGCGGAUAUUAUCAGUGGAAUUACCGUUGCUAUUAUGCAUAUUCCACAAGGUAUGGCUUACGGAUUAUUAGGCAAUGUACCUCCAAUUACUGGAAUAUACAUGGCUUUUUUUCCUGUUUUAAUUUAUUUUGUUUUUGGGACUUCCAAGCAUGUGUCAAUGGGAACUUUUGCAAUCGUUUGUCUAAUGACGGGAAAAGUAGUAAGCGAAUACUCGACAGUGGAAAUAAUGCAAAAUGGUACCGCACGAAGUAUAGAUAAUCAAAUAGUUGCCUUAAAAUUCGGUGAGGCCAGUCCAGUACUUACCAACAUUCAAGUUGCGGUCACCGUAACCUUUGGCGUGGCCAUAUUGCAACUUUUUAUGUAUUUUUUACAAUUGGGCGCUGUGUCCAGUUUACUUUCGGACACUCUGGUGGGAGGAUUUACCUGUGCCUCUGCAUUUCACGUGGCAUCGUCCCAAUUGAAAGAUUUACUCGGUAUAUCCGUCAUUAAAAGAAGGGGCAAUUUUGCCUUCAUAUACACGAUAUACGACUCGAUAGUGGCGUUGCCCAGUGCAAAUACAACGGCCAUUAUUAUAAGCGUGAUUUGUUGUAUAAUCUUAAUUAUCAAUAAUGAAGUAGUCAAGCCUUGGUUUUCGAAAAGGUGUAAAGUACCUUUUCCCAUUGAAUUGGUCGCUGUGACUCUGGGUACUGUAGUUGCAUAUUAUAGCGAUAUACACCAUACGCAUAAUGUUUCUAUUGUCGGAUUUAUACCGACUGGGUUUCCAGAACCGGCCUUGCCAAUUUUUACUUUGCUUCCGCAUAUUUGGUUGGAUAUUAUUGUGAUAACCAUGGUGUCGUACACGAUAACAAUGUCUAUGGCGUUAAUAUUCGCCAGAAAACUUAUGUACGAAGUCGAUUCCAAUCAGGAAUUGUUAGCUAUGGGGCUCAGUAAUACUAUGGGAUCGUUCUUCUCCUGUCUGCCAGUUACCGCCUCGCUAUCCAGAUCGAUGAUCCAGCAAACUGUGGGUGGAAAAACGCAGUUGGCCAGCGUGGUCAGUAGCGCGAUAUUGUUGACCGUUUUGCUGUGGAUCGGACCGAUGUUUCAAACACUACCUCGUUGCGUGUUGGCCAGUAUAAUAGUUGUGGCUUUAAAGGGUAUGCUGUACCAAGUGAAAGAACUGCCGAAAUACUGGAGACUGAGUAAGUGGGACGGUUUCGUAUGGGUGGUGACAUUUUUUACCACGCUAUUUGUACAGAUCAGCGUAGGUCUAGCUGCAGGUAUUGCUGUCUCAGUAAUCAGUUUGGCCGCUCAAGGAUUAAGGCCCAGGGCCUCAGUAUUAGGUAGAUUGGCGGGUACUGAUUUGUAUUUGGAUAGGAAGAGACACAAAGCGACGACAGAAGUGUCGGGGUUAAAAAUCAUCCAUUUCGUCGGUGGUCUUAGUUUUGCAUCACAAAAUACGUUUAAGAAACUGUUCGUGGAAAAAGUUGGGUUAGAUCCCGCGGCCAUUUUGAGAACUAGGAGGAAACUUAUGGAAAGGGGUUUAUCAUUCGAUAACCAAGAGGAGUUGCUAACUCGGGCAAUUGUAGUGGACUUCUCCUCAUUGACAUUUCUGGAUCCAUCUGGUGUCAAUUUUUUGAGACAGUUACAGGAAGACUUAGACCAGCUAGAAAUCGCCCUGUACAUUGCCGGCUGUUCAGGGCAAAUAUACGAGGUGAUUAGUAAUUAUUAUCGAUGGCAAAAUAACGGUGGAUAUUUUAAAAUGUUUCCUACUGUGCACGAUGCAGUAUUGUAUGCUCAAACUCAUAUAUUGAAUGAAGAUGACAUCACAAGAAAGGAUUUCUGAUGAAGUACCAACAGUAUGUAAGAAAAUAAUAACAGAAAUUUUAAACGAAUUCAAAUACCUAUGUAAGAUAUCAGUAUUUUCUUAAGUUCCAAAUAUAGUAAAUGUUGAAAAAAUAUAUCUA